UCCAGAGGUCACUUCCUUCAGAUUAGUUAAAUGGACAUGCCCACAGUUAGGUGUGUGUCUAACUUUAAAUAAAUAUCUCAGUCACACCGUUAUGACCUUGGGUUCCAGAAUACCAAGGCAGCAUUCUUUCGGAGAGAGAUUUCACUUCGGAUCAAGUCCAAGUUUAGUAUCAGUCAUCUUCUUGCUAAAGGGAAAAGGAUAGCUCAAGUGGCAAGAAAACACUUCCUCCCAUGAACUGGUUUGCAAGUUUCUUCUCCAAGCGUCCUGAGGAUGUUCCCUUAUUGAAUACUCAUUCACCUCUCUUGUUUCCACUCGUAUCUUCUGAAGAUGAACAAUAUUUUUUUUCCAACUUGAGGAGCCAUGGAGCAGCCGGCACGGUGGUGAAGCAGCCGGUCCGCGGGGCCAGUGCUAGGACCACAGUCACGGCGAUUGUACAGACGGGCGGGGACUGGAGCACUGGCCUCUUCAGUAUCUGCAGAGACAGGAGAGUGUGUUUCUGUGGUCUGUUUUGUCCUAUGUGUCUUGAGUGUGACAUUGCCAGGCAUUAUGGAGAGUGUCUGUGUUGGCCAUUGUUACCUGGAUCCACCUUUGCACUGAGAAUUGGCACCAGAGAGAGACAUAAAAUACGGGGCACACUGUGUGAGGACUGGCUGGCGGUGCACUGCUGUUGGCCCCUUUCCAUCUGUCAGGUGGCUCGGGAACUCAAGAUGAGGACCUCCCAUCUCUAUGAAAUCUGUGCGGUCGCUGCACCUAAGGACACCCUGGUUUGACUCAGCAAGACAACUCCUCCUGCUCACUCUGCUCUCCUCCCAAACUCUUCUUAGGAGAUUUUUUUUUCCUUCGAAUUUUCACUAAACAGUAUGAAAAUAAAUGAUUAA